AUGUCCCCUGAGGAGUGCCAUAGGCUUGAGGCACUUGCCCAGCAACAGGCAGGUAGCCACACUUUUGACAUGGACUAUGACAAUGACAACACGGACUUUGGCAAUAUAUUGGAUGGCACUCACACAAUUGAGAUCAGCCAUGCAGGAGAAAAUCUGCAAGCAAACAAAAAUGCUGUGUGGAUCACCAGACUCGCAGGGAUCACAUUAAGUGCCAUGUUUAGAAGCUUCUUAGAGGUUCAUAGGACUCACUGGUCGCAUGUGGAUCCUAACUCAAGCUCUUGGGAUGUUCAAGUCAUUGAUGUUUAUUAUGCUUUGGAACUGUACCAUGUGGCUUGGUUGCGGAAUCCUCACUUUUCUAUUCAAGCAUUUGUGAAGUCCAUUUGUGACUUGCAUGGUACUCGUGUGGACUCUCUCAUCAAUACUGCGAUCCAUCGCAAUUCUCCUGACUGGCAUUUGAGGAAUGCUUGCCCCUGCUGCACGUAUGAGCUGCAAAAUGAGCCUACAAUGACUUUCCGCCUGCUCUAUGCCACGGAUGGCAAUGACUCACUCAAGAGGGUCUCGCAACGACUGAUAGGCGCUGAUGGAAAUUAUUUGGGGCCAUCAAUCAAACUUCCUACUACACAAUGGGAGUAUGUUGAUAUGUACGCGAGUCCAGCACAAAGUGAGGAGUAUUCGGUAGAGCAUUCUGACGAGGAGAACCCGUGUGCUGGGUGA